CCCAGAUUGAAGAGGUCACAUCUAUCUGCAGACCUCAUCCGUAUCCCGAGGAUGCUCCCUUCCCAGUCCUUCAUCAACAUCUCCCUCUUCUGGCCCCCUGAUUUCCUGAUAAUUGGCAUCCCAGGGAUGGAAGCCAUUCAUGGCUGGAUCUCCAUCCCCUUCUCCUCCAUGUACACUGCGGCCCUCACUGGAAACGGCCUGAUCCUCUUGGCUGUGAGGAGGACCCCCAGCCUGCACCAGCCCAUGUACUACUUCCUGUCCAUGCUGGCCCUCACCGAUGUGGGUCUCACCUUGUCCACCAUGCCCACCACCCUGGCUGUGCUCUGGUUUGACCAUCGGCUCAUCGGCUUCAAUGCCUGCCUGGUCCAGAUGUUCUUCCUCCACUUCUUCUCUGUGGUGGAGUCCUCAGUGCUCCUGGCCAUGUCCUUUGACCGCUUCGUGGCCAUCUCCAACCCCCUGCGCUAUGCAGCUGUCCUCACAAAUAGGGUCAUCAUUAGGAUUGGACUGGCCAUUGUAGCUCGAGCCACUGUGUCCCUCUUCCCAUUGCCCUUCUUACUGAAGCGAUUAAGCUUUUGUCCCGGCAAGAUCCUCCUGUCCCACUCAUUCUGUUUCCAUGCAGAUGUCAUGAAACGGGCCUGUGCUGACAUUACUGUCAAUAUCAUUUAUGGGCUGUAUGUAGUUCUGUCCACGAUGGGUAUAGACUCGUUGCUUAUUGUCCUGUCCUACACCCUUAUUCUUCACACAGUGAUGGCUCUGGCCUCUCCCAGGGAGCGCACCAGGGCCCUCAACACUUGUGUUUCUCAUAUUUUAGCUGUUCUGGUUUUCUUCAUCCCUGUCAUCAGUGUGUCCAUGAUCCACUGCUUUGGGAGGCACCUGCCCCCCAUUGUACAUACCCUGGUUGCCUAUGUGUAUCUGGUGGUGCCCCCUGUGCUCAACCCCAUCAUCUACAGUGUCAAAUCCAAGCCCAUCAGGGAGGCCAUGCUCAGGGUGCUGAGGGACAAGAGGCAAGACUGA